CAUAUCGAUACAUGGUUUAAUAUGAGACAGUUAUAACCUCCGAACUUCUCUGGACUUUGAUGCUUGUCAGCGUCAAUGUCGCCCAUUGGGAAUAUAUGAAUCUCCUUGAGCAGUAAAACCCUUCGCUGCUCGAAUGAGUCGGUCCUCGCUCUCCGACUUCCGAUCGCCGACCUGCCGCUAUUCAGGGCCAUCUCUGAUACCUCAGCCCAUAUGAAGCUUCGCGGCUUGCUGUUUGCGCUGCUUGGGAUCGGCUGCACGGCUUAUACUCCCCUUUCCGACAAGUCAUUGAACAGCCUCCCAGGACCGGGCAGCGAUUUCGAUAUCCACAAUGGCGCUCUCCUCGCACCGAUCCUUACCGUUCGAGUCCCUGGGACUCCGACGCAUGAAGGGGUGAUGCAUCAUCUCGCGGGUUUCUUCCGUGAACAGCUGCCAGAUUGGAAACUUGAAUGGCAAAACUCGACAUCAACAACUCCGGCCACUGGCGACAAACAAGUUCCCUUCCGGAACCUGAUCGCGACCCGAGAUCCACCGUGGGCGAGGGAAGGGGAUGUGGGGAGACUGGCAUUGGUGGCGCAUUAUGAUAGCAAGUUGACACCCACAGGAUUUAUCGGAGCGACGGAUAGCGCUGCACCAUGUGCGAUGAUCUUGCACGCUGCGCGGAGCUUGGACAAGGCCUUGACGAAGAAAUGGGCUGCGAUGGAAGCGGAUGGAUCAGCCGGUAUCGACGAAGAGACGGGAAUCCAGAUCCUGUUCUUGGAUGGAGAAGAAGCAUUUUCGAGCUGGACUGAUACGGACUCUCUAUAUGGAGCGAGAUCCCUUUCAGAGACAUGGGAGAAGACAAUGCAUCCAGCGCCAUCCACCUACAAAACGCUGCUGUCCUCGAUAACAUUAUUCAUGCUCCUAGAUUUGUUGGGAGGGGCAAAUCCCACAAUCCCUUCGUAUUUUGCGACUACACAUUGGGCAUACCGGGCAAUGGCCAGUCUUGAACAUCGACUGCGCAGCGCUGGUCGGUUUAAAUCUUCACCGAAUCAUAUCUCUAAGCGGUCUCCCGACGCCGAAAGAGUAACCGAACCAAGAUGGUUGAUCCAUGGCGACAAGCAGGACAAUCAAGGAUCACUUGCCUUUAUGGUUGAAGACGACCAUAUUCCGUUCAUGGCCCGCGGCGUUGAAGUACUGCACAUGAUCCCUUCGCCUUUCCCAGCGGUAUGGCACCGAAUAGAGGACGAUGGGGCGCACUUGGACCCGGACACAGUGGAAGAUUGGUCGACGUUAGUCAUAGCAUUCGCGGCUGAAUGGAUGGAUUUGGAAGGCUUUAUUGACACGGGGUUCGUAACCCGAGAGGAGAAUGCUGGGAGCGGCAAAGGGCGGCGGGAAAUGGAAGGAAAAUCUGAGCUGACGAAUCCCAGCUAGUUGUUAUGAUAGUCUCGUGUGGAUCGUUUUCGGCCAUCAAAACCUUUGUUAUGUUACAGAAAUGCAUUCCUCGCCUGAACUCCAUUGGUUCCCACCCCAAACCCCAAUAUUACGAAGCAUCUACCUGUCGAGUGCGACAGUACUACGGAAGCACAUGCAACACAGUGAAUGAAAGACGUUUGACUUUAGCUUAGCGUAAGCAGCACGAUGCAUCCGGAAAUCCUUUCUUUAUAUUUGCGCGGCAAUCCCUAAUCCGGCGCUUUCUACCGCAUACUUGAGAUGUAAGUUUGCUGAACUGGUUGG